AUGCAACCAAAGGAGAUCGAAACGGUUGCUUUAGAUCAACUUCAACAACUUGAUCGCAACCGCCAAGUGUUCGUGGAAUUACGUGCAUCGAUGAUGGAAGCAGACCAACAAGACACCCGCGAGUUUCAAAACCAGAUGCGCACGGCUAUGCCAAGGCUGCAAUCUUCUGUCGAUGCAGCUUUGGCCAACUUUAAGCGUAAUAGACAGAAAGCGCCAACUGUAAAUCUUCACGAAGAUAACGCGACGGACGAACUCGAAGAAGCGGAACGCGCCGCUGUUCAGGCUGACCGGCAUCCCCCGACAUUCGCCUGUGCCGGAGGGCAUGGCCAUGCACGAAUAAGAAAGAGACGCGCUCCAGAAAAAUGCGAAUUUCUCGAGAAACUCGGUGUAGAGGAAGGGGAAGUUGGCGAAGAAGAAGAGGAGCCACAAGAAGUACAAGAGCGAAUACGACAACAAAACGUCAACAUGCGAAAACAGAUCGAAGGAGGUAUUCGGCAGCUUCAACAAGCCCGCAGUAACUUUCUUCAAAUAAUAGAUGAACUGCGCCAUCUUCCUACGUGUCCGCCAAGGAGAUAUGGCUACGGAGCAGUCGGAAGUGACACAGGACGAUUUAUGCGCUGCGCCUUUUGUAGAGCAGACGGCAAGCAUUACUCGGACUCAUGUGACGAAUUCCCCUGCGUUUGUGCGCCGUCGUAUGAUUGA